AUGGGUGAUUUCAAUGAUAUUCUUCACCAAACUGAGAAGCGCGAAGGUAACGCCCAGCCGCUAAAUCUUAUCAAUGGUUUUCGGGAUGCUGUCGAAUCUAGUGGGUUAAGUGAUUUUAGCUUCGAGGGGUAUCAAUUCACAUGGGAGCGGUCUAAAGACACGCCAAAUUGGGUUGAAGCAAAGCUUGACAAAAUCCUAACAUCAGACUCUUGGAAUGACUUGUUCAUGCAUGCCAAGGCUUCUUCUGUUAUUGCCCCAAAAAGUGACCUCUUACCCCUUCACCUUCAUAUGUAUCAAGCCAUUAACCAGAAGCCUAAAGGUCGCUUCCGAUUUGAAAAUCUAUGGUUGAAGGAGUCACUAUGCAGAGAUGUCAUGAUUGAGUGUUGGUCAAAUUCAUACGGGUAUCCUCUCAUCGAUAGGGUUGGCCGCUGUGGCAAAGCCAUAUGGGNUUGCUACAAUGGAGAUUGA